AUGAUAAUCCUUGUCUUCUAUCCAAGUUCCUCACAACUAAUUAGAAGCGACAAAUGGUAUGUCUUCUAUCGAAGUUCUUCACAACUAUUUAGAAGCGACCAUAAUCAUUUUCUUCUAUCCAAGACCCUCACAACUCCUUGGCAUUGUCUUCUAUCACAGGCCCUCAUCCCUCAUAACUACUUAGAAGCGACCAUUGGCAUUGUCUUCUUUCCAAGUUCUUCACAACAACCUUCAAAGCGACCAUUGGCCUUGUCUCUUAUGCCAGUCCCUCAGAACACCUUAGAAGCGACAAUUAUACUUAAGCGAGCAUUGGCCCUGUCUUCUAUCCAAGUUCCUCACAACUCCUUAGAAGCGACCAUUGGCCUUGUCUCCUAUGCCAGUCCCUCAGAACACUUUAGAAGCGACCAUAAUCCCUGUCUUCUAUACAAGUCUCUCACAACACUUCCUCACAACUACUUAGAAGCGACAAUUGGCCUUGUCUUCUAUCCAAGUUCUUCACAUCUCCUUAGAAACGACUAUAAACCUGGUCUUUUAUCCAAGACCCCCCACAACUCCUUAGAAGCGACCAUUGACAUUGUCUUCUAUUCCCUAGAAGCGACCAUUAUUCUUGUCAUCUAUCCAAUUCCUCACAACUCCUUAGAAGCGACCAUUGGCCUUGUCUUCUAUCUAAGUUCUUCACAUCUCCUUAAAAGCGACCAUUAUCCUCGUCUUCUAUCCAAGUCCCUCACAAGAACCUUAGAAGCGACCAUAAUACUUGUCUUCUAUCCAAGGCUCUCACAACACCAUGGAAGCGACCAUUAUCCUCGUCUUCUAUCCAAAUCUAAUCAACCAUUAUUCUCGUCUUCUAUCCUAACUCUGUGUUACUCAGUGGAAACUAUCAUUAUUCUUAUCUUCUCUCCAUCUCUGUGUUACUCCCUAGAAACGACCAUUCUUCUCAUCUUCUCUCCUAAAUCUCUGUUACUCCCUAGAAACGACCUUUAUUUUCAUCUUCUCUCCGAACUCUGUGUUACUCCUGCGAGACGACCAUUAUUCUUAUCUUCUAUCCUAACUCUGUGUUACUCCUUAGAAAAUGCCUUUAUUCUCGUCUUCUAUCCUAACUCUGUGUUACUUUCUAGAAAGAACCAUUUUUCUCGUCUUCUAUACUAA